AUGAAUACCUUCAUUUCUUCGAGAGACACUUCGACGGCGGCUACCGAUGUCUCUUCGGGCGGCCGCAUCCUAUGGAUAAUCGUCUCUAUAUGUUCUAUAAUAGGCGCCGCUGUUAUCUUGACUCUCGCAUUCGUCGGCCACGCAAUCCUUCGCAGACGACGGAAAGUUGCCUUCCGGGAGUUCGAAGCCGCUCGCCUUCGGGACCCGACCUUGACAUGGGAAGUAUACGCUCGAAGGCGCAGAUUCACGCACUCGCGGCUCCUGUUCGAGCAAGAACUCCAGCGCAGCAUCAUAAUCCGCAAGUCGCAACAGAGUCGCACGUCCAUUGUAACUAAAAGAGUAGGAGUUGGUCAAGAAGUCGAUAGCAAGAGAAGUGAAGGCGAAGAAGGCGAGAUCUUGUUAAAGACACGCCGCAGCGACGACUCUCCCCUUGAUUUUAUGAUCAUGGAUAAAAGGCAAGAUCUAGCCACCGAAAGUCGGUCACCGUUGCCGACACGGGACAUACAACAUAUCGAAGACAACAGUAGGAGAGACUAUCCAUGCCUGGCGAAUAUUCGACUUAAAACACCUCCUUUACUAGCACAUCCAGCUUUCAGGGGAUACGAUAGGCCGUAUCCUCCAAGGAGUUCGAGCUUACCAACGGAGCUGACGCGAACGAAACCUUUCCCAUUGCCCUGAUAAUUACUCCUUGCUUCUUUAUCAAAUCCGAAUACCCGGUGUUAUGGUUAAUUCCUCGGCGUCAUGUUCUUAUUCCUACGUGGGCAAUAACCUCUAUAGAUUAUAUGGAGUCGGACUUAUGCAAUUUAACUUUUAAUUCUUAG